AUGUUUCGUCACGGGAUGGGCCGCAACCCCGCGAGCGGCACCCUCCGCGGCCGCCGCUUUUCACCGCUGCGCGUACGCCUACCCAAUAUAAAAGCCUCUGCCGCCCAUUCACCCGCUCGCAGUCUGUGCUCGAACGUAAUAGUGUCCACUUCUUGUGCAAGGACUUACAGUUCAAAGAUGAAUUCACGGUGUUUAGUAGUGCUAGCAGCCGCCCUCGCCGUGGCGGCCGCCCAAGAAAGCUUCAAAUGUCCAGAUGACUUUGGCUUCUACCCUCAUCACAUCUCUUGCGACAAAUAUUGGAAGUGUGACAAUGGAGUUGCAGAACUGAAGACCUGUGGGAACGGUUUAGCUUUCGACGCCACUGACUCCAAAUACCUCACAGAAAACUGCGACUACCUCCACAAUGUUGAAUGUGGGGAGAGGACGCAACUUGAGCCACCUAUUUCAACUCCUCAUUGCGAAAGGUUGUAUGGUAUCUUCGCCGACGCAGCCAAGUGUGACGUAUUCUGGAACUGCUGGAAUGGUGAAGCUUCCCGCUACCAGUGCAGCCCUGGACUUGCCUACGACAGAGAAUCUCGUGUGUGCAUGUGGGCUGACCAGGUUCCAGAAUGCAAGAACGAGGAAGUAGCGAACGGUUUCUCUUGCCCUGCGCCUGGUGAAGUUUCCAACGCCGGCUCCUUCAGCCGCCACGCGCACCCAGAAGACUGCAGAAAAUACUAUAUCUGCCUUGAAGGCGUUGCCCGUGAGUACGGUUGCCCCAUCGGAACUGUCUUCAAGAUCGGCGAUUCUGAUGGCACAGGCAACUGCGAAGAUCCCGAGGAAGUGCCUGGAUGCGAGGACUACUACGGUGACUUGGAUCUGAAGGCGAUCCGCAAGAGCGAGCUCCUGGCUGGACUCCAGCAAGAUGGCCAGACCCGCGUUACCCAGCCCAAGCAGCUCAAACCUCGCCCCCAAAAGGAGAACUAAACCCAUUUUCCCCACCUUAACCAUUUAAUACUCACAUCUUGAAUUCUAAACCAAACGUCUUUGCGCGCCAAAAACAAAAUCAAUAAAACAAUACGGGCAAUACAGAUAAAUAAUUGGAAUUUGAUUUUGGCGCGCGAAGAUCGUAUUCCAGGUUCAAAUUUAAAAUUCGAAUUUAGUGAGGGUAUUUGUAUUCGUUUCAAGUUGCCAAAUACUUUUACGUUGUAGCCUUUAUGUUAAUGCAGUUUCACGAGGCCGGUUAGGAAAUUAGAUGAAAUUAUACAGCGAUAGAAAUAUUUAUUUUAAUAUAGUUUUGAUAGUAUCCUAUAGCUAUCAAAACCGGUGGUAAGUUUGCCCGUCACGAGUACACAAUGUUUUGUAUGUAAUAAAGUUUAAGAUCAGGUUUGCAUUUAAAAGUAGUUCUGUGUAAAAUAGAAAACAUUUACAUCUCCAUCAUCCUUUAUCAAUACCAUGACCUUGUAAAUAUUUUUGUACUGAAUUGUUUCGCUGCGACUGAGUGUUGUUGUUUGAUAGAAACUGUAAUACUUAAGUUUAUUUUUAGUGAUAAUAUAAAUAAAAAAAUAUAAAAUAUUA